AUGCGCGGUCAACGAGGAGAUCGCUGAUUGGCUGGACCUACGCCAAUAGAAUAACACCAUAGACAUAGCGGCAAAUUUAAUCACAGCUCUGAACGAUUUGUUACAGAUAUAUAAAUUUAAAUAAUUUUCGUAUUUUUCAUGAAUAAUAAAUGUAAUAUAUUACAUCUUACCUUGCAAAAGUAUUACGCACUAAAUUAUAUAGUUGUAUUACUAUCUCAAAAUGAUUUUCCCACGAAAAUAAUUGAAGAAAUACCUUUAUAAUCUUUCAAGGUAACUUUACUUCUAAUAUUCAGUAUUUAUCAGGCAGGAUAAAAGGUGGAACGAAUACCGAUAAUAUGUUAGUAGGACCGGAACUUUUAACAGAUGCGCACUUCGUAAAAGAAUGGAACAGAAAGUAGUGUACAUUGAAAAGAAUCCGAAAGAAAACGCGAAUAUAAUAAGCAAAAUUUGUUUCUGGUAUGCUUUCAUCUCUUCAUUAUUUUAAGAGAAAAGAAUCUUUCUUCUAUUUCGAUGAUGUCAUAGGUGGUCUAAAGAAUUAUUUCGGAAAGGAUUUCACAGAGAGUUGACGUUAGCAGACCUUUAUCGUCCACUGAAACAGGAUGAAUCUGAAAACCUUGGUGAUCGACUGGAACAGCACUAAGACUCAGUAAGGUAGCUUUGAGUCAGACUUCCUCAGGUCAAGUUGUAAAUCUUCUAACCAACGACGUUAGCCGCUUUGAUGAACUCUUUUACUUCCUGAAUUUCCUGUGGAUCACACCUCUCCAAGUAUAUCAAAAUACAUAAAUGCUUCAGUUGAUGUUGAUAGUUAAAUUAUCAUCACAUCUAAUUACACAGGUCAUUAUCGUGGCUGUAAUAAUAUGGCAACAGAUUGGAAUCUUGACACUCGCGGCUAUCGCCGCCUUAACGAUAAUAUCUCUUCCGAUUCACUCUAUCACUCUCAGCUUCAGUGGAAAGCUGCGAAGAAUUAUCGCUAAGAAGACAGAUAAAAGAAUCCAACUUAUGAAUGAACUAAUAGCUGGCAUACAGGUAGUCAAGAUGUACGCCUGGGAGGAACCUUUUGCCAAGAUUGUGGCGGCUAUAAGAGCUACUGAGAUUAAGAAAAUAAAAUUCGCUUCAUACAUCCGAGCUAUGUGUUACGCUUCCGCUGUAUUCACCCAUCGCAUUGUUCUUUUUGUGACUCUUAUAUCAUUUAGCUUGCUGGGAAAUCGCUUAACAGCGGACUUGUCGUAUACGUUGACCAAUUACUUCAGCAUUAUUCAACUGACAGUUGGUGUCUUGUUUCCAAAUGCACUUAUAUUUGCUAGAGAGUCCAUGGUAUCUAUAAGAAGAUUAGAGAAAUUUUUGCUGCUGGACGAACAAUCAGACAAAGGUUCACUCAAUACUCAACAGUUUAAGGCAGAAAAAGCAGAGAAGAAAUUAGAAAUUAUUGGAAUGACAAAUAUGAACCAGAACUUGACAAAGAAACCUGAGCACACACCUGUCUCCAUAGUUCUGGAACACGUUUCAGCAAACUGGAUCCCUAAACAAUUACCACCGACUUUAUGCAACAUCUCAAUGGAGAUUGAGAGUGGGCAAUUGUGUGCACUGGUAGGUCCAGUAGGUUCAGGUAAAUCAUCUUUUCUUAACCUGCUUUUGAAAGAACUUCCUCUGGGAGCUGGUAGAUUGAAAUUCCACUACAAACCAUUGGAUGACUUGAACAAUGAGCACGAUGCUUCAAAUUUGAGGAUUUCUUAUGCUAGUCAGGAAACAUGGCUCUUCGCUGGGACUCUCAGAGACAAUAUUCUAUUCGGUCAACCUUAUAACAAGGAGAGAUACAUUGCUGUAACUAAGGCAUGUGCUCUGACAAGGGACUUCCAACAAUUCCCUCAUGGUGACAUGAGCAACGUUGGCGAAGGAGGUUGUUCUUUGUCCGGUGGACAAAGGGCACGAGUGAACCUGGCACGUGCCGUGUACAAAGCAGCUGAUCUCUACUUGUUAGAUGAUCCUUUGAGCGCGGUGGAUGCACGUGUAGCCAAACAUCUUUUCCGUGAAUGCAUUAAGAAGUUCCUUUCCGGUAAAACGAGGAUUCUGGUUACUCAUCAAUUGCAAUUUGUUAAACAAGCUGACAAUAUCGUCGUGUUGGAUCGAGGCUGCGUGCACAUGCAAGGGAAAUAUGAACAAUUAUGCAAGUUAAAUGAAGGCUUUAACGAAAUGAUGAGUCGCAUUACGACGGAAGCUAAAAAGAAAACCGAAAAUCAGGAUACAUCAAAAGAAACUUCCUUUGAAAGAAGAAACAGGGCUUCAGUAACGUCGAAUAAUAGUAGUGUGAUUUCCUAUGACUAUGAAGAGCAUAAAUUUGCAGCAGAAGAAGAAGAUGAAACAACAGCAGUCGGUCGUAUUUCCAACAAAGUGUACACAGAAUACUUCCGCCAGGGUGGUUCAUUUUUCAUGUUGUUCGUCAUGAUCUUCACCAUCAUCAUAUCCCAAGUCUGCACCAGUGGCCAUGACUACUGGAUCUCUUACUGGAUAAAUCUGGAAGCUGCAAAGAAAUUAGUUUCAAACGGUUCAAUAACUAAUAGAUACAAUUAUCUGUUUAAUGAUACAUUUUUAUCUGGUAUAUUCACCUUGGACCACAAUGGGCUGUUACCUAAUGUUGAUGCUAUCUAUGUGUACACAUUCUGCAUCAUUCUCCUGACCAUAACCGUAUUAGGAAGAAAUAUGUUCUUCAUGAAGAUCUGCACCACCGCCAGCAAGAAUCUGCACAACCUGAUGUUUUCAAACAUACUGCGAACCACAAUGUCCUUCUUCCAUCAUAAUGCGUCUGGUAGAAUCCUAAACAGAUUUUCAAAGGACGUGGGUACAAUGGAUGAGAUACUACCAAAGAUGAUGCUGGAUACUUUGGAGAUAUUUGUCUUGGUAUCUGGUGUCUUCGUGGUGGUACUCAUAGUCAAUAUCUGGAUGAUCAUCCCGUUGGUCAUACUAUUCAUCCUGUUAUACUAUAUAAGAUUACUGUACAUGAAAAUCGCUCAGAACGUUAAGCGUAUCGAAUCUGUAGGUAAGUUAAGGGACAUGCAUUUACAUGUUACACAUCUGUAUUACAUUAAAAUUUCAGCAAAGAGCCCCGUGCUGUCGCACAUAAUCACUACACUGAAUGGUCUGACGACGAUCAGAACAAGUGGGCCAGAGAUCAUAAGCUUACUACGAAAGCAAUUUGAUGAUUUGCAAGAUAUGCACACAAGUGCCUGGUACAUAUCGUUGGUUGUCUCUACGGCGUUCGGUGCCCUUUUUGAUUUAGCUGCAUGUGUCUUCAUUGCAUGCAUCUGCUAUUCCUUUAUCCUCCUAGACACAGGUGAUACUCUUGGAGGUAACGUUGGCCUGGCAUUGUCACAGUCCUUGUUCUUGAUGGGUGCGUUGCAACAUGGUGUAAAGCAAAGUGGUAACAUGAUCUUACAGAUUACCUCAGUGGAAAGAAUCUUACAGUAUACUAAUCUACCGAAAGAAGCUUCUUGGACUAGCAAAGAUCCACCAGAUGACUGGCCAAAGUAUGGAGAAGUAACUUUGAAGAAUGUCAGCAUGAAGUACGAGGAAGACAAACCUCCUGUUUUGAAGAAUCUAAACGUGACCAUAGAACCUGGGUGGAAAGUGGGCAUCGUGGGCAGGACAGGUGCUGGGAAAACUUCUUUAAUAUCAGUGCUGUUCCGCUUAUUCGACGAAGGCUUGGAAGGGCAGAUCAUAAUCGACGAAAAAGACAUUAAGACACUGGGACUGCACGAACUCCGUUCAAAGAUCUCUAUCAUACCUCAGCAACCUUUCCUGUUUUCUGAAAGCUUGCGUUAUAAUUUGGAUCCCUUUAAUUCCUAUGACGACGUGAGGCUGUGGGAGAGCCUCCGGCAAGUUGAGCUCAAUGAUUGCUUUCUGGAUCAGGAGGUGAUGCAAGGCGGAAGCAAUUUGAGCACUGGGCAGAAACAAUUGAUUUGCUUGGCAAGAGCAAUUCUGAAGAACAAUCGAAUACUCGUGUUGGAUGAAGCUACCGCCAAUAUUGACUCUCACACGGACGCUCUAAUUCAAAAGACCAUACGAACAAAAUUCGUGAACUGCACAGUGAUUACAAUUGCCCAUCGUUUGCACACGAUCAUCGACUGCGACAGAAUUGUGGUGAUGGAUGAUGGUCGUAUAGCGGAAUUUGGACAUGCUUAUGAGCUGCUUCGUGACAAACCUGAAGGAGUCUUCUCGCAGAUGGUAAACAACACAAAUGCAGCAAUGGCACAAACUCUUAGGACAGAAGCAGAAAAAUCUUAUUUCAAAUACGCAGAACAUAGUUCCAACAUGUGCAGCAGACUUUAAAAGAAUCUGGAGGUUCAAAAGAAAGAUCUUACGUUUGUUGUAUUUAUUUAAAAUUGAAGAUGUAAUUACAAAUGUUUCUCCAAAGGAAAUUAAAAGUUGAUUUUCCUCGAUUUCCCUGUGAAAUCUGUUUAAAAUGUGUGAAUAUUUUCGAAUUACAAUUGUUUAAUUAAACAGA